AUGAUUGCAACAAUAAUUAUUCUUGUUGCACUAACACUUGUAGGUGUUAGUUCAGUUCCAGAAGCUGAUAAGAUAAACACUUUGCCGGGGCAGCCACCGGUCAAAUUCCAGCAAUAUUCUGGUUACAUUGCAGUGGAGCAGAGAGCAUUGUUUUACUAUUUUGUUGAAGCAGAAGAAGACCCUGCUUCUAAGCCACUAGUACUCUGGUUGAAUGGAGAAGCAAAUAUGCUGUACUUGGAAUCACCAGCUGUUGUUGGAUUCUCCUUCUCUACCAAUACCUCUUUCUAUGACUUAGUGACAGAUGAAAUUAAAGAACCUGAUCAUGACGGUGUCUUGCCUGUACAGCUAGGGACAAUCUUGUUUUCCUACAGCGCUGGUUCACUGAUUUCCCAGAGUCACUAUGUUCCACAACUAACUUGCACAGUUUUGUUGUUGAAACCAAGACCAAAUUCAGUACUGAUUUCAACUAGGAGCCCUUGUCGUCGAGGGAACUGA